AUGUCAUUAACGGACGAUCAGGUAAAUGCGGAGCUCCGCAAGAUGAAGGCGUUCAUUGAAAAGGAGGCCCAAGAGAAAGCCAAAGAGAUAAAAUUGAAAGCCGACGAGGAGUACGAAAUUGAAAAAGCAUCCAUUGUGAGGUCAGAAACCGCUGCCAUCGAUAGUAACUACGAGCAGAAGGUCAAGAAAGCAUCAUUGGCUCAGCAAAUCACCAAGUCCACCAUUGGCAACAAGACUCGGUUGCGGGCUUUGGCCACCAAAGAGGAAGUAUUGAACGAUAUAUUCGAUGCUGCCAAGGAGAAAUUGAAGGCUAUCUCGGCCAAGAAGAGCGAGUACAAGCCCAUUUUGGCCAAAUUGAUCGAGGAAGGGUUGUUGGCAUUGUUAGAGGAAAAGGUCAUAGUCAAGGUUAGAGAGGCUGAUGUCAAGUUGGCCAAGGAGGCAGCUGAAGAUGCUGCCAAGGGGUUUAAGGAGAAGGCCAAGUUUGAAAAUGUCGAUAUUGAGGUCAGCGAAACUGAUUUCUUGAGUAAGGACAUUGCUGGUGGUGUUGUUGUCACCAAUGUUUCCGGUAAAAUUGAGGUGGACAAUACGUUGGAAGAGAGAUUAAAGUUGUUGUCGGAAGAGGCAUUGCCUGGAAUCAGAUUGGAAUUGUUUGGUCCUUCCAAAACAAGAAAGUUUUUCAACUAG